ACGAUUGGCCGCCACCGAAUACAAUACUUGCUCUUUUUAUUAAAUUCAAUUCUAAUCAAUUCUAAAAUUUUCUAUUUAUGAAUUUGUCUUGUGUGUGAUAUAGCAAAAGAAUAAUAAUCUAUACAAAAAUACAAAAAAAAAAUGUUAAUCCAUCAUUUACAACGACCAUUAGGACGAUCAUUGGGUCGCCGGUCAUUAUCGAUCUUGUUGCAACAACAACAACAGACAUCAAUUUCAAAUCGAUCCAUACAUAAUCGAAUCAUCACACCAUCAUCAACCACAUUGUCGCCGAUUUUCCAGAGGAUACAACAAGCUGACAAUGUACAAAUUGGUCGAUCAUUGUCCACGGUCACAAAAUUGGAUUACCUAAAUUAUUCCAUGACCGAUGAUGGAAUUCUUAUCGUACGUUUGGAUGAACCAAAUUCCAAAGUCAAUAGUCUUGGUGAAGGUUUGAUGAACGAUGCUGUCAAAUUAUUUGAUGAAAUAUUCCGUGGUGGAAUAGCGACCAAAGGUGUUGUAUUGAUGUCUGCCAAGACUGAUUGUUUUGUUGCUGGCGCUGAUAUCAAAAUGUUGGAAAAAGUUAAAUCCCAAGCCGAAGCUGAAGAACUUGUGCGUAAAGGACAUGAAUUUUUUAAUCAAUUAGAACAAAGUCCAAUACCUAUUGUAGCGGCCAUUCAAGGAACUUGUAUGGGCGGUGGAUUAGAAUUGGCACUUGCCUGUCACUAUCGUAUCGCUGUUAAUAGCAAUAAAACUGUGUUUUCAUUGCCCGAAGUUUUGUUGGGCUUGUUGCCCGGUGGUGGCGGAACACAACGUGUACCACGAUUGAUCAACAUUCCUGAUGCACUACAAAUGAUGUUAAUGGCUAAAAACAUUAAACCGAAAAAAGCCAAAUCACAAGGUUUGAUCGAUAUGUUGGUCGAUCCUCUGGGUCCCGGUGUUGAGCGACCGGAGAAACGUACAUUAGAAUAUCUGGAAGAAGUUGCCAUUGGAGUAUGUCGUCAAUUAGCAAAUAAAGAGAUGAAAAUUGAACGUAAAAGACCAUUACAAGAACGUCUAUUCCGUGAGGCAAUGAAAAUCGGUUAUCUUCGUGAUAAAGUGUUGGGCAAAGCUCGUGAUAUGGUUAACAAACAGACAAAAGGCCUUUAUCCGGCACCAUUGAAAAUAAUCGAUUGUGUUGAUGCAGCUUUGACGAAACCAUUAGAUGAUGGGCUACGAUUCGAAGCAAAAUGUUUUGCUGAGCUUACACAAACCACACACAAUAAGGCAUUGAUUGGAUUGUUUUUUGGUCAAACAUUAUGUAAAAAGAAUCGUUUUGGUGCACCACAAAAACCAGCCAACACGGUGGCCGUUUUGGGUGCAGGUCUGAUGGGUGCUGGCAUUGCUCAAGUUACCGCUGAUAAAGGAAUCACUACGAUAUUGAAAGAUACAUCUGAACAAGGUUUACUUCGUGGCCAGCAACAAAUUAUGCAAGCAUGGGAAACUAAAUACAAACGCAAACAAAUCGAUUUGCUUACACGUGACCUAUGGAUGUCUAACUUGGUUCCUACAUUGGAUUAUGGUCGAUUCAAACAAGCAGAUCUGGUCAUUGAAGCUGUAUUCGAAGAUUUAAAGGUCAAACACAAAGUCAUCCAAGAAGUCGAAGCGGUCACCCGUGAUGAUUGUGUAUUUGCAUCGAAUACAUCGGCACUUCCUAUCACAGAUAUUGCCAAAGGAAGUAAACGACCAGAACAAGUGAUCGGUAUGCAUUAUUUUUCACCUGUCGACAAAAUGCAACUAUUGGAAGUGAUUACAACCGAUAAGACUUCAAAAGAAACUGUAGCCAAAGCCAUUGAUUUGGGUUUGAGACAGAAAAAAGUUGUCAUCACUGUGAAAGAUUGUCCUGGAUUUUACACCGUACGAUGUUUGGGUCCAGUCAUGUCUGAAUUUCUGUUGUUGCUGCAAGAAGGUGUAUCGCCUAAAGAAUUGGAUGAAAUCACCACCAAUUUUGGUUUCCCAAUCGGUGGUGCGACAUUAACCGAUGAAGUCGGUAUUGAUGUUGGCGCUCAUGUUGCUUCAUAUUUAUCCUCAGUUUAUCAUGAACGUAUGACUGGCGGUGAUGUUCGUUUGAUCCAGGAAUUGGUUGCCAAAGGUUUCUUGGGCCGUAAAGCAGGCAAAGGAUUGUUUAUCUAUAGUAAUGACAAGAAAAGUAAAGGAAAAGGCCGUGAAAUGAAUCCAGGAGCAUUGGAAGUGAUUAAAAAAUACAGUGUUGAACCGAAAUUAAAAUGUACACCAGACGAUUAUCAACAGCGUUUGGCUUUCCGUUUCACUAAUGAAGCCAUCAUGUGUCUUCAAGAUGGCAUUCUUGAUAAUCCGCUUGAAGGUGAUAUUGGUGCCGUAUUCGGUUUAGGUUUCCCACCAUUCCAUGGUGGACCGUUCCGUUUCACAGAUACGUACGGCGCACAACGGGUUGUUGAUGUUGGACAUCGUUUUACUGAAAUUUAUGGCCCACAAUAUAAACCAUGUCAAAUGUUGUUGGAUCAUGCCAAGAAUGGCACCAAAUUUCAUAAGCCUAAUGUCUAAUCAGUGAAGAAUCUAACCAGAAAAUGAUGAUAGCGGCCUUUUGUCAUCGAUGUUUUGUUGGCAUGGCAUGAAAGAUUAGCAAAUGAUAUGUUGUUUGAGAUGAGGUUCAAUUUUUUUUUUCUAAACAAAACACUUAUUAAAUUAUAUUAUAUGAUGAUA